UUACAAACCACUUACUUACGUUCAGCACUUACUUACAUGCGUCCCUUGAGCUGGUGGCAGCAGAAAGAGACGACACACGUCAAUCAAAAGGCGGCAUGGACGUGUCCAUGGGCAUGGAGAAUACAGAGACGUAUGCACCAAUUGAUCAAUGAAAUCGUCUCUCAUUUAUAAAGAGUAGAGACCGAGAAGAACAGAAAGGUCUCGACCUUCCAAUCACCACCCACCCGGCAUAGUGCGCCUUCAUAGCUGCCGAGCGGGCCUCAAAUGUGGCUGUCGCGGCCUCCAUCUGCGUGAGGGCCGCCGCGCAGUCGCCGACGGCCUCUCUGUAUCGGUGCAGCUUGAGAUAGCAGGAGGCCCGGUUGGGCAGGAGGGUCCGCUCAGCCGAUACGACUAUGCGCUGCGGUCGGCCGACGUCGUGCUGGGCUGCCAAUAGGACUGCAGGAGGUCCAGGGCGCGGUCGAGGGCUGCCCGGUGGUCGCCUCUGCUGAAAAGCUCAUUGCCUUUGGCCUUUUCCUCGAGGGCCGACGAGAGCAGAGCGCGUCGGGCCCCCCCCCUUGCCGAUCUGCACGUUCAUGGGGCUUCCCUUGCCUCCCCUUGACAAAAGCACUGCCUGCAUGGUGGUCGGUGGUGGUCACGCGUGAUGGUCGCCGCCCGUUGGUCAGCCCCGGCGCCUCGGUCAAGCCUCUGCCUCUUGGUCAGCCCAUCUGUCCCAGGCGGCGUAGUAGGCCUUCAUGUCGCCCUGUGCGCUGCAGCUGACGCGCCUCGCCCUCCCCCUCCCCCUGGUUGUCCUUGUGCGGGGCAGUGGCGGUGUCCUUGAAGGGGUUGUCCACCUUGUGUUUGGUCGUUGGGGCCUUCCUGAAGUUCUCCUGCCACUGGUAGAGGUCGUCGAUGUAGCUCCUGGUCUCAUCGGCGUUGCGGCGGAUCUGGUGCUGAAUCUCCAUGACGUUCCGCUGGCCACUGACUGCCAUUGUGGUGGGCUAGGGACUGACAGGUGAUGCUGGCGACCAGUCGCUCUGGUCUCUUCGUCAAAG